AUGGAGCGAAGUAGCAUUGGAGGAUUCAACGAUGGUGCUAGGACUGCAGAAGGAAGCGCGAAUGAUGCUGCAGCUCCGGUACUCAGUCAUAUCCACGUGUCCUGCUACGUCACUGCAGCGAAUCGCGCCACGCCUGUGUUUGAGGUUCUUCCGCAACAAAACUGCGUGAAAGUAGCGAACAAACCUGCAAAUGAUGCGUCUAUAGCAGGGAUGCUAAGUACCUCUUCUAGUGGUGGAGCGGUUUCUACGGCCGAAUGGACUUUUCAUUCCGUGUUUUCGUCGAGUUCGCCGUCACACGCUAUCGACUUUUUCACUGAAAUCACGUUACCCGCUCUACGAACGGCACGAGAUGGCAUCAACUCGAACGUUGUCGUGUGGGGUGUACAUCCUACUCAAAAAUAUCGGCUGCUGUUCGGCAAAAGCGUUGGCGGAGGAGGCUUUGCACCGCAACCUGAAAUGGCAGUGAAUGACGUUGUAGAGCUGUAUGGCCAGCUAGUAGGAAUGCUUCACGCUUUCUUUGCUCAGUUGGACAUUGGAUCUCGGCCAGCUCAAAAUGAACCCUGGAGACUGGGAAUCAGCAGCUGGAUUAUUGUAAACAACCAAGCGAUUGACUUGUUGAAGACAGAUAGUAACAGGACGAAUUCCUCAGCCGAGCCCAUGACGUUUGUGUCGCUGGAAGCGCAAUCACUGGCUGGUGCAUUUCGCAUUGUGCAGACUGCUAAGACUAAUCGUAUCGUACGCAAACAGAACGCAGAGAAUGCACAUUUCUUCGUACGAUUGGCGUUGUUUCAUGGUGGCCAAGUAAGUAGUGUGCAUCUUGUGGACCUUAUUGACCAAAAAGAUUUUCAGGAUCAAGUAUCGAUACAAGAAAAGAUCGAGCUUUACAGUAUUUUACAAGAUUUACGACAAGCUGGAGCUACUUUAAGACAAAGCAGCACUCGUGCCUCAGUUCCACAAGUUUUUACAGGCAAAAUGGUGCUAUCGAACUUCAUGAUGCCUUUGUUGACUGCAAACGCUAAAUCUUUCCUGUAUGCUAACGUGAUCGACUCACGCAGCAGUUUGCGAGAAAGCGUGCAGAUGCUGAAUGCUGUGGCCAAUCUGCGAGGCUUUACAUGCGUUUGUAAACCCCUUCGUGGCGUAUCCUUUGAGCAGCUAUACAUCGUGGAAGCACAGAUAAGGGGAUCUACGCCGAAUCGAUCGGUGCUGUCGCCACAAAUCGAAAUGCCGUCGUCGGUAAAUUCUCAUAUGCUGGAGAGGCAUUCGUCCUUCGAGCAACCACCAGCAACAUCCUCUUUAAAUGGAGCUGAAGAGUCAGAAGCGAUGAGCUGGUUGAAUGCAUUUGCUCAACGAAAGCUAAACAUACUCGGUGGAUCUAUUGACACGAUCAACACGCGGCCUUCAAUUACCGAUCUAUAUGAGCAAGUGCGCGAGUCUUUGGAAGAUGUCAAGGAAAUCGAAUUGGGUAAACCUGAGAAUUCAAGAGUAUCGCAUUGCUCGCUCCAUUCGCUGCCUCCUAAUCGUUCAAUACCGGAGUCCCAUACUCCACUACCAAUUCUUGACCAAAGCUCAGAUCAAGAAGACUUUGCGCACAUCGGAUACAGCCGCACAAAGAAUGAAAGAAUUUUGCAGCAUCACACCGAGCGAUCACAGCACCCAGACGAAGAUUUACAUUCAUCCAAUCACGCACCAGUGUCAUCAAAGCCGGAUCCUUUCGAGCUAGAAGCAUUUAAAAAGGCUGGUAUCUCUCCAUGUGUGAUGGUGCCUCCGAAUGUUGAUGGGUUGGAUGUCAAGACGGCUGAACGAGUUCAGGCUGCAGAUGCUACUUUACUACGGAAGAACUACGAAGCUCUGCUCUCGAUUGUGCGGGAACAACAGCAAGACAAAGAAGCAGCAGAAGCUCGAGCAGCUGAAGCAAUCCAGGAUCAAGAAGAGACGCGAGCAAUGUUUGAAGUCCAUAUUGAGAACAUGAAACUGGCAAAUGUCGGACUUCGCAGCAAGUUGCGUGCUCUAGAAAAGCGCACGUCGCUUCCUCAAGUAUUUAAACAGUACCAACAGGAGCUGAGCACUCUUCACGCCCAAGUGCAAGAACUUCAAACACGAAAUGUCGCGCUCGAACUCCGGGCAAGCGGAGUUGGGGGGGCAGUGAUGGGAGCAAGUGGGUCUUCGAUUGAAUUAAAGAAGAAGUACCGGCAAGUAGUCGAAGAGAAAUUAGCAUUGGAGCGAGAAAUUAUGGAACUUCGGAAAAGAGAAAGGUUGGUAUUUCUGCAAGAGAAUUUCGAAUUCCAUAGUAAAAUGGCAGGCGAAUCUACUCGGCGUGUAGAUCAGUUAUCGCGGGAUCUGAAUAAGAAGGAGGAGGAUCUGGUGGCUACUCGACUAAGUAAGCAGCGAUUGAUCGCAGAAAUGAACCAGGCACGUGAGAAAGCCGAUCAACUACAUCAUGAGAACGAGAAGCUUUUGCAGGAGAAAGCAGUUACGACCGAAGAGCUUCUUGCCACCAGAAUGUACCUGGCCUCCCUCGACAUUGAGAAAAAGAAGGCGUCGAUUCUCGACCGCUUCGUUGAGAAGCACGGUGACCGCAUGAAUAAACUCCGACAGCAUGGCCCAUUCUCAACUGGAAGCAAAGGUGAGAAUUGGCGUCGCGACCAGUACGCUCGAGAAUGCGAAGACAAACUUCUUGCAACAGUCAAACGAUCGCUUCCACAGGCGGUUCCGCUAUGCAACAAGAUACUUCGCCGUCUCGAGAUGCAGGAGUUAUCAUUACGUGAGUUCUCUGAACGCGAAGUGGACUUCAUCAACCUACUCGUUGAACUCGUCUCGGACCAGCCGACAGUCUCACUCAAGCAGAUGAUCGAACAGGAGAUGAAGAAGCUCCAAUCGUAA